CAAGCGGCGAGGAGGGAGCCAGGCGAGCUGGUGCCGCGGUGGAAGCUGCAGCUGGGACCUGUGGGGAGGGGGUGCCGCGCCCCCUCCGGACAGCGCCAGAGACACUCCCCCCGGGGCAGUAUGAGGGCGGCGGUGCGGCUGUGGCUGUGAUCCCCGCCGCAGAGGGGCAGCCCCGUCCCCGGCUCCUUCGCUGCGGCCGCCCCCAGCCCCCGUUAGAGCGGUGCCCCGGGAGCUAUGAGCCAUGAAGCCUCCUGGCAGCAGCGCCCUGCGGCAGCCCCUCUCCGGCCGCAGCCUCCGCGAAGCCGCCUCCUGCCUGAGGCUCCGGCCGCCCAGCCGCCUCCAACUGCUGCUGGGGCUGCUGCUCCUCUCCGGCCCCGCCUGGCCCCAGCCCUGGGGGGCUGCUGCAGCCACCGCUCUGCAUUGGAAUGAAACUGCAGGAGGAAUAGCAGGAGCACUGGCAGAUAAAGAGAAUACAUUUCUACAGAGUAGCAGUAAGAAUAACAACCAGAGCAAUGAAAUCCAGAAAGAAAUCACACUGCCUUCAAGACUGGUCUAUUAUAUCAACAGAGACUCUGAAAGCCCUUACCAUAUCCUGGACACUAGGGCAAGACACCAGCAGAAACACAACAAGGCUGUGCAUCUGGCCCAGGCAAGUUUCCAGAUUGAGGCCUUCGGCUCCAAAUUCAUCCUUGACCUCACAUUGAAUAAUGAUUUGUUAUCCUCUGAUUAUGUGGAGAUUCACUAUGAAGAUGGAAAACCACAAUUUUCUAAGGGUGGAGAGCACUGUUACUAUCAUGGAAACAUCAGAGGUGUCCAAAACUCCAAAGCUGCCCUUUCAACAUGUAAUGGACUUAAUGGCAUGUUUGAAGAUAGCACCUAUGUGUACUUCAUAGAACCAAUGGAUCUGACCCACAGUGCAAAAAGCACAGGCAGGCCACACAUCAUCCAGAGGACUUUAGGAACACAAACAUCGAAGCAAAUGAAGAAUGUUGAGACUGAAUCUAGUUCUGAGUGGUCCUUCCUGUCUGAGUUACAGUGGCUCAGGAAAAGGAGAAGAAAGAGGGCCGUGAGUGCAUCUCGUGGUAUAUUUGAAGAGAUGAAAUAUCUAGAGCUCAUGAUUGUCAAUGACCAUAAAAUGUUCAAAAAACAUCGUUCUUCCCAUGUGUACACAAACAACUUUGCAAAAUCUGUGGUAAACCUUGUAGAUGCAAUAUACAAGGAACAGCUGAACACCAGGGUGGUUUUGGUUGCUGUGGAAACCUGGACAGACAGGGAUCGUAUUAAUAUUCGCCCUGACCCUCUGCAGAUGCUUCAUGACUUCUCCAAAUAUCGACAGUACUACAUCAAACAACAUACUGAUGCUGUACACCUGCUCUCGAAUGUGACAUUUCACUACAAGAGGAGCAGCUUGAGUUACUUUGGAGGGGUUUGUUCUGUGACCAGAGGAGUUGGAGUGAAUGAGUAUGCCCUCCCAUUGGCUAUGGCACAGGAAUUAUCACAAAGUUUGGCUCAGAACCUGGGAAUACAGUGGGAGCCAGCAACCAGAAAACCGAAAUGUGACUGCAUAGAAUCCUGGGGUGGCUGCAUCAUGGAGGAAACGGGGGUUUACCACUCCAGAAAAUUUUCAAGAUGCAGCAUUGCAGAAUACAAAGAAUUUUUACUCAGAGGGGGAGGUGCCUGUCUUUUCAACAGGCCAACAAAGUUGUUUGAAACUCCCGAAUGUGGAAAUGGAUAUGUAGAAGCAGGAGAAGAAUGCGAUUGUGGUUUCCGAAUGGAAUGCUAUGAAAACUGCUGUAAGAAGUGCUCUCUCUCUAAUGGAGCUCACUGUAGCGAUGGACCCUGCUGUAACACAUCCUGUCUUUUUUUCCCACGAGGCUAUGACUGUCGAUAUGCAGUGAAUGAGUGUGAUAUUACAGAGUACUGUACUGGCGACUCUGGUCAGUGCCCACCAAAUCUUCAUAAACAAGAUGGAUAUGCUUGUGAUUCUAAUCAAGGACGUUGCUAUAAUGGAGAAUGCAAGACAAGAGACAAUCAGUGCAAAUACAUUUGGGGAAUUAAGGCUACAGGGUCUGACAAAUUCUGUUAUGAGAAGCUUAAUACAGAAGGCACAAAAAAAGGAAACUGUGGAAAGGAUGGAGACCAAUGGAUUCAGUGCAGUAAACAUGAUGUGUUCUGUGGCUUUUUGCUCUGCACUAAUCUUACUCGAGUUCCACGAAUUGGUCAUCUUCAGGGAGAAAUUACCCCAACCUCUUUUUACCACCAGGGGCGUGUAGUGGAGUGCAGCGGUGCUCAUGUGCUUUUAGAUGACGAUACAGAUUUAGGAUAUGUGGAAGAUGGAGCUCCAUGUGGCCCUCACAUGAUGUGUGUAGACAGGAAGUGCCUACCAAUUCAGUCCUUGAACAUAAGCAGCUGCCCUAUUGGUUCUAAUGGAAAAGUCUGUUCAGAUCAUGGGGUGUGUAGUAAUGAAGCCACUUGCAUUUGUAAUUUCUCCUGGGCAGGGACAGACUGCAGUAUUGAUGACCCUAUCAGGGAUACUCCCAACAAGAAGGAUGAAGGACCUAAGGGUCCUAGUGCCACCAAUCUUAUAAUAGGUUCCAUCGCUGGUGCCAUCCUGGUAGCAGCUAUUGUCCUUGGGGGGACAGGAUGGGGCUUUAAGUUAUCAGGUGUUCACAUGCACAUACGGUACUGUGGUGUCAAGUCCAAAUCAAACGUAAGCUGCAAUUAAGCAAAUUUUGUUCAUGCACUUAGUGGGUCAGUUUGGUAUAAAUUAGCAAAACAAAGUUUUUCUUUAAAGAAAUAAACAAACUAGGAUUUAUGUUUAGACAUUUUCUGGAAAGAUAUGGCUAAAAAUAGGAAAGAAAAGAUGUUGUGAUCAAGUCUCAGUAAAAUGUUCAGUGCACAUAGAUCUUAAGGAACAUAUUUAGUGAAUUUGAGUUAAAUGCUGCUAGUGAGCACCCUGUUAGGAACUAUAUUUUGUUUCACAGAAAACCUUGCUUAAUAUUUUGACAAAGUUGUAAUUGUUUUUUGUACUGCUGUAGUGUUUAGGGUCCCCUCUCAUGGGUCAGGGCUGCACUGUUCUAGGCACUCUGCAAACACAUAACCUGCAUUGAUGGUGAAGUUCACAUAAUGGCAGCAGGUCCAUGGAGCGCCUUUCAAACCAUUACAAUGCUUCAUUAAGGACUAAAGUGGAAGCAGAAUGAGGGGUUAGUUAAUGUGGGCAGUCUUGUAUGGGCCCUCUGAAUUUCACAUUUAGGCCUAGUUUCCAGUUCUUUUUAAUAUAGAAUUACUUGACAGUAGUGAAUGUAUAAGUGUGUAGUUUUGGUACAGUAACGAAUUCAGUUGCUUUUUUAAAUGCUGGCUUGAUAGUUUGUUACAUUUUGAAAGGGGAUACUUGGUAAAUAAAUAACAAUAUUAAGUAGUAGUACUGGUAAGGGCUAAAUUAAAAAGGUAUGUGGGAAGUUCCUUUUGAGACUGCUUAAUAGUCCUCAGAAUGUGGAAUAGACUAGUAGGGGAGGUGCUGUGGUGGGUAAAAAUGUAUAGGCACAGUAUUAUUCCCAGUAAUAUCUGCUAAAAAACAGAGCUUUCCUGCCAAGUGGAGGGUUACUAGUUGGGCCAAAUAUUUACCCAAUCCUUAAACUUCUGCAUAAAGGCAGCUUUAGGAAUUCAAAUUGAGCCAAAUCCUGUAUCCUGUAGAUGCUGGAAAGUCAAAAGUGAUCAGAAAUGCUGUUUCUGUUGUGGUGUAGGGCAAUACAGUAGAGAGCCUGUGCAGUGAGAUUCUGAAACCUUGUGUAUGCUUCAUAUAGGAACUACAUACCAGCUCACUGGUUUGUCAGUAACAUCUAUUUUUCUUUCCACUCUGCAUUUCCUUGCAAAGUGUGUGCAGUGGGUCCAUGAGCAGCAUGAAUCCACCUGCUCAAAAUCAAAUAACAUUCUAUGUCUACUACUAUUCCUCAUGCCAACAGAUGGCAACAGGCUAGCUAAGCAGGUGCCCUAGACUCUGUCACUGUUUUGAGGCCGAUGAUCCCAUCCCCCAACUUUGUUGUUUUAAUUUUCAGUUUCACAUAGCAACAGCCCGGUUAUUGUGGGUUUGCUCAGUUUUUCAAGAUCUGGUAUGGGGAAACUUUACAGAAACAUUACUGAUUUGAAGGGACUGUGCAGUCAUUGGAGUAACCCUUAAUUUUUUUUGGCAAGACUUUGUGUUUCUGUGAACAUGGAGGAAGGCACCGACUUACAAGAACACAAUCAACUGCAAUAGCAACACUAGUAGUUAGCUGCUACUAAAAUAGGCAGUGUGUUUGUGCAUUAGUUGCUGUGUUCUUCUCAAAACACUUAUAAGCAAAGAGGAGAAAAAAGAGGAUACAUUAAAACUAUAAUAAAAGAUUGGGGUAGCAGUGGCUUUAUUUUGUAUAUUUAUUUUUGCAAAGAAUGAACUAUGCCGUCAAAAGGUUUAAAAGCAACUAUCCUAAAUGGAAUGUAGGAGAUUAUUACUUUGCACUGUGGCUUGUUAUAGUUAUGCUAUGAGUAUUUUAUUUUUAACAGAAGUAAUAGUUGUGUUUUUUUUUUAUUCAGAGCUAAUGGAGGCUGAACUUUUAUUACUGUGAAUUAUUGAAACUGGAAUUAAAUGUAAAAAAAAAAAAAAAACAAGUUAAUUCUCUGUUAGAGUUCCAUGGCUAAAACGGCACCAAAAACAAGUUAAGAAGUUAAGAUGGUGGCCUCAGCAUCACUCUCUGUAGCGUGACCCUUCCCCCAGGGACUCAUCUCCUCUGCCUCAUGUUGGUGUUUACUGCACUAGUGAAGGCACCCACACUGUUCUUCCUCCCUCCUCUGGCCAAUGAGCAUGUGUGGACCUGGAGCCUUGAAGAAGGGCCACUGCUUGUAUGUGCUGGAGGAGGAAAUAUGGAGCCCUAAACAGUAGCCUCUUGUGGAGUGAAAGGGAAGUGGUCUUAGUGCUUCUGCCUUUUGCUGCUGAGGAAGAAUGAGCAGAAGGGGCCAAGAGGGAGUCCAACAGAGCAGCCGUUGCUAGCAGACAGGGAGCACAUCCAUCUCCCUGAAGCAGCAAUGAAGCCAGGUGAAGUUCCUGUUAGGGUAUGUCUAUACAGCAUUUGGAUCGAGCCUCCCAGCCCCGAUCAACAGACUCCGGCUAGCAGGGCUUGUGCUAGUCCUUUAAAAUGCUGGCAAUGCAUCUAUUUUUAAAGUUGCCACUCAGAUUGGAUCUCGGGCUCCGAAGCCUAGGAAAGGGGGUCAACCCUGACUGGGAGGCUCACUCCAAAAUGCUGUGUAGAGAUACCCCUAUUGGCCAGAGAGGGGUGGCUGCUUUCAGUAUCUCAGAACAGCUAUUCCAAGAGGCAGGUGAGCCAACCAGCAGUGAAAGACCACACACCUGUCAAUCCUAGCCUGGCCUGUCUCCCACCUCCUCAAGAUAGGGCCCAGAAGAUCUACUCUUCUGUGGUAGGCCAAAUUCUGCACUCAGAUGCACAAAUUUGUGUUUUCUUCAGUGGAAUUCAUAUGCAUUCAUUUGGGGGAAGAAUGUGACUGAGUUUGUGUUUAGUUCUGGGGAACUUAACAUUUAACAAGGCAUUGCUAAAACUAACGAUCUUCCAACAUUUCCAUUUGAAACCUCUGUUUUAAGUAUUUUACAACUCCGCUAUAAAAAUGGUUUGCACUUCGAUAUACAUCUUUUCUGCUAGUAAUUUGUUUUAUAAUCGGAAGCUGUUUCACAUUUUUGAAGUUACAAAAAUAUAGCACAGUAGUCUUAGAUGUAAUUGGAUGUUAAUGGCACCUUUAGUCCAUUAUAUGAACUGGGAUUUAUAUAUAAAGGGCUAACACAUGCUUUGAAGCCAUAGGCUGCAACUGGGGCGAGUGCAAAGCCGCACUGCCACAUUGGAGCUCCUGAGGCGUCCUGGGACAAAGCACAGCCUCUGCAAUUCCCUUUAAGAGAAUGUGGCAUGUGCCUCUCCACCCUGACCGCACAUAAGGCCUAUUCUGCUGAGUAGCAUGUGGGAGGAGCAUGACUCUUUUGGGGAGUCUAGCGUUCCUGUGUGCGUUAACCCGAUUGUCCUUCUGUGCUCUGACUGCAAGGACUGCAUUUGUGCUCAGCCCUGCACUUGGUGUAGGGGUGAGGGAAACAAUUAUACAGCCAGGUGGGGAUCUUGAUAUAGCAGGGUAGAGGGCUCAGCUGACUUCUGACCAGUGUUUACCAGGAAGGUUUAUAUAAUAUGUUUUUUUUUAGCAAUGCUUGGAGCUUAGCUAUAAUGGAGGAUUAGCAGAAUAGUGUAGGAAAUUCAUUAUGAUAAAUUGCUACACUUUACUUGGCCCAUGAAUAAAUGGCGAUCCUUCAGUAGUAAUAUUGUUAGUUCCCUUACUUAUAGUUAUGACUUUUUUGGGGGAGAAAACCGAGAUUUGUUCAUCCGUUUGCAGUUUUUUAAAUGGACUAGUAUCUUCAUCUCAACAUAUAAUGUGUUGUGAGUAGAGAUGGGGUUUUUAGUGGUUAGAGCAUGUGACUGUCAGGAGGCCUGAAUUCUGCUCUCAGUUCUGCCACUGGCUUAUUGUAUAACCUUGGGUGAGAUAAUGCUAUCCAACUUAGUUAAGCAGUUUGAGAUAUUCAGAUAAGUAUUACGUAAGAGCAAGGUGCUGUUAUUUCUUACCAAAAAAUUAAUAUGCAAAAGUGACUUACUGAACAUCAAGCAUAGUGUAUUUCAAAAACAGUUUUGUAUGCUCAUUUUGAAUGUCACAUUUAGAUCCCUACACCCUUCAUUUUCAGGCAUGACAACUUUGUCAGACUCUGAUAUUGUGGAGAAAACAGUUGUUACUAAUGAUUGACCAGAGGAAACAUAACAUUUUGAUGUAACAUAUUAAGAAAAUACUGAAAAAGAAGAAAGGCAUUAGCUGAGUUAAUUUUUUACCUUUGGAAGAAUGUAUUUUCAUUUAAUGAACUGUAGGGCAUGAUCGAAAUAGAUUUGUGGCUUUGAAAUAGACCCUAGAAGACAUUUGAUAUGAUGUGGGCUGUGGUACAGUUCCACAAGAGUUUGGCAGUUGUUCCAAAGUACGUCCAUCACUGCUCAGAGACAGUACUAGCAGGACUAUGCUGCUCAGGAGUACUACUCUAGCAAGGGGUCAGUUGGAAAGACCUGGAGGGUUAUAUUGGGAGGCUAGCAAAACAUGUUCCCACUGUAACUUCGUACUAAAUGUCACAGAGCCCACUCAUCAAUUUAAUAGAAAAACUUCAGGCAACACAUUUGACUUUAAGUAUAGGCUUUUAGUGGUUUGUUCCCUUAAAAAUAACAGGAAUGCAAACAUUCAACGGACGGUUAAAUCAUCUGAAUUUUUCACACAUAUUAGUGAUCUGAUUUUUCAGAUUUGUUUUAAAGGUAAAUAACUGUUGGUUAGUGGAGUUUGAAUUUCAGUAUGCUGUGUAAUAAAAAAUAGUCAUUUAAAGCACUGCUUUUCAUACACCAUAGAAAAAGAGAGAAACUGACAGAGAGAGUAAGUCCAGACAAGUUUUGAUUCAGAUUUAAAUAGUCAAUAUUAUUCAGACUUCCUACUAUACUAUUCUACAUCUGACUAGAUCUACUCAGAGGGUAUGAAUGCUACAGAGAUUGCUGGGUUGAUAUAUCUAAAUAGUGCAGUCAGUUUGAGUCACAGUGAAGAUUAGUACAACACUUUUCUAUAAAAAGGGAAACAAUGAAAUUUUAAAAGCCUAUAACUCUUACGCUGCAUGCCUUAAUAACAAAUACUCAAGCAGGCACUGGCACAAGAUCAAAGGCUGCCAGGUCCUCUGAAAGACCUGUCCUGGAUAACUUUUCUUUUUGCACUGAUUCCUAAGUCACCUAUACAACUUAGGAAAGGCUUGCUUUCAGCUUUAACACUACAGCAAUGGUGGUAUUGGGAGAGCACAGUCAAAAAGGAAAUUUUGGGCUUUGUGUAUUUAAUUUUUAAUUCCUGUUCUAUGUCUUUUGCAUGACAAUUUGGUGGCAGUACUGGUGCACAUGCCCAAUGUUAAGACUAAAUGCAUGAGCCCCUUGCUUGAUGCCCCACAUAAAGCCAGAUUAUGGGGAGGUUGCACCCAACUUGUGCUGUUGCCUUGUAAUGUCUUGCUGUUUAUUGAUAUAGGGUAUCAAUAUCGUAGGAGACUGGACAUUAGUAUAAAAGCUAAAUUGUAAUGGCAUAAUUAAAAGUCUCUGUCCAUUCUCCUUCGACUGCAGUGUCUCAGUAUCUGCUAUAUUUUGUACCUUAUUGGAGAUUCAAAGUGCUUUGUCCAUAGUAUGGUAAAAGCUCACAGAGACACUAAGAUAGCUUGGUCAACUAUAAAAUUAUCUGUGGAUUCAGUGUAGCCACUCAAAGAUGGAUACCUGAGGGGGCCUGGUCACCUCAUUUGUGGAAGAUCUAUGUUUUGGAGAUUAAUGAGUAUCUGUUAUAAACAGCCAGAUGCCUUUUUGCAUUUUAAGAGUGAUUUUGUAUAUGAAAUGUGACUGUUUUGAGUGGUUCCAAAUGAUGUACAAAUGCUGUCCUGGCUUAAUGUAUAGAUAUGUCAGACAGUCUGAAAGACUUCCCAUCUAAAUAGGAUUGACUGCCACUUGCAGUACUGCCAAAAAAAAA